GAGCAGCGUACCUAUCUUAACCCAUGCAUUCAGUAGGGAAUUAGAUACCACAGCGCUUUGUUGCCGGCAGCUACUGCGCCCAGUUUCAUAGUUGUUUUGAAAGCAAUAAAUAGCUCAAGAUGCCUUUAAAGAGCUUGAGUGUUUUGCUGCCGGGCUUGAAGUGGCUGCAAGGAUAUACGGCACAGGAUGCGGUGGCUGAUCUGAUAGCGGGCAUUACGGUGGGUUUGACGGUGCUGCCACAGGGCUUGGCCUAUGCGACGCUGGCGGGCUUGGAGCCGCAAUAUGGCCUCUAUUCCGCAUUCGUGGGCGGCAUUGUGUACGCUUUGUUGGGCAGCUGUCGCCAGGUCACAAUCGGACCGACAGCAUUGCUGGCUCUCAUGACCAGCCGCCACACGGGCUUUGGCUUGGACUCGGGUCCAGCUUAUGGCAUACUCUUAUGCCUGAUCUCAGGCAUUGUGGAGCUGGCAAUGGCUGUGCUCAAGUUGGGCGCCCUGGUGGACCUCAUUUCGUUGCCUGUUACCGUGGGCUUCACCUCGGCAACGGCCGUCAUCAUUGGCACCUCGCAGCUGAAGGGUUUGUUGGGCUUGCGUGGUGGCUCUGGUUCGGAUUUCCUGAAUACCAUGCGCUCCGUCUUUGGCAAUCUGCAGCAGGUGCGCCGUGGAGAUCUGACACUGGGACUGGUCUCCAUUUUUGUGCUCUUGCUGCUGCGAAGGUUGAAGAACGUCAAGCUGGCAAACCGCGUGAGAAACUUGCGGGCUCAGCAGCUGCUUAGCGGCAGCAUUUGGGUUGUAUGCACCGGACGGAAUGCACUCGUAGUGCUAAUCUCCAGUGGCCUGGCGUACAGCCAAUGCAGGCAGCAGGAGAGCUGUCCAUUCAUACUCACGGGCAAGGUGAAGAGUGGCUUGCCAAGUUUGGCGCUGCCCGAAUUCGAGACAACAAUACUCGGCAAAAAUGGCACUGAGGAACGACAGGACUUUGAGGAUAUGCUUUCGGAACUGGGACCCUCGAUGCUGAUCUUGCCCAUAAUUGCUGUGCUUGGCAAUGUGGCCAUUUCUAAGGCCUUUGGCGGCGCUGGAUUGAGUCCCACGCGCGAGCUUGUUGCACUCUCCCUGAGCAACAUUUGCGGCGCUUUUUGCAGCUCGAUGCCAGUGACAGGCUCCUUUUCACGCAGCGCUGUCAAUCAUGCGAGUGGCGUUCGCACGCCCAUUGGCGGCUGCUAUACGAGUCUACUAGUGCUUCUGGCCUUGGGUCUGCUGGCUCCUUACUUUCAGUACAUACCCAAGGCGGCGUUGAGUGCUGUCAUCAUUUCGGCUGUGAUAUUUAUGAUUGAGUUUGAGGUCAUUCGGCCGCUGUGGCGCUGCAGCCGACGUGAAUUGCUGCCGGGUGCUAUUACCUUUGUCAUGAGCUUGGCAGUGGGCGUGGAGAUCGGCUUGCUGCUUGGUGUUGGCUCAGAUGUGGCCUUUCUCGUUUAUCGCGCAGCACGACCCGUGCUUACUGUAUCCAAAUUGCAGACAAUCAAUGGCAUUAGCUACAUCCUGAUCAGGCCCAAGCAUAGCUCGCUGUAUUUCCCUGCCAUCGAAUGGGUUCGCUCUGGCAUCUCUAAGGCGCUGUCCACGCACGGCACAGCACCCGUUGUCCUGGACUGCGCUCAAGUUCAUGAUUUUGAUUUCACAGCCGCACGCGGCAUGGGUAAUCUGCACAAGGAGCUGGCCAAGGCGAAUGUACCGCUGUUUCUUAUGAGCGCUGACAAGGAUAUUAGCGUCAUACUGAAAGAGUCGACAAACAUUGUUUUUCCCACAAUAGAUUGCCCCAACGAUCUGGAGUUCAUUCUCGAGCAGACACCUAAUUACGAGCUGCAUUUACAAGUUACUGCGCCGCUGGUAGAGUCGAACGGCGACGACAAAGUAACUGAACUGAGCACACUGAGUGCAAAAAGUACAUGAACAUAUCGCAGCUUCGAUUACAAACAGAAUUGUUGACAACGCACACAGCUACAGCUACAGCUAAAGCUACAAUUCAAUACUCUUCCAUAGCAGCUGAUUUUUACCUCUAUUCCUAGGCUUUAACCAAGUUUCAGCUACGUUUCUAACUGCUGAACAUCUCACUUGUUCAAUGUCAUUCCUAUUUAUACCCCAAUCGAAUAACUUAUUGUAAAUUGUAAAUAUUAAUAAUGUUUUCUAUGUUCAAUUAGCUUAAGUUACGUUAGAUUUUAGUUGCAUCACUUACGGGUUACUUCAUUACAAAUCAAAAAAGAG